CUCAUGGCCUGCGCUGGGUCCGCGCGGAAGGUGUCCGCCGUGCUGUACCACUACCCGUGCCCGGACGGCGCAUUCGCUGCGCUCGCCGCCCACCUCUACUUCUCCGCCGCCGCCCUCCCCGUCCGCUUCUUCCCCAACACCGUCUACGACCCCAUCAGGAGCGAUGGUCUUCCGUUUGAUGAAAUCAAAGAUGUUUACCUGCUUGAUUUCGUAGGGCCUCCUGGUUUUGUUGCUGAUAUAGCCCCGAAGGUUCAGAGUGUAACAAUCUUAGACCAUCAUAAGACUGCCUUGGAAAGUCUGUGUGGGAGGGCUACACUUGGGGAAAAUGUGAAUAAGGUGAUUGACAUGCAACGCAGUGGAGCAACAAUUGCGUUUGACUACUUUAGCAACAAAUUGCUGACAGAAGCUAGUACUUCACGGAACCAUGGAAGUGGUAAUGCUGUAACUGAAGUGAAAUAUCUACCUGACAACAAGCUUGAGAUGGUACACAAGCUCUUCAAGCUUAUUGAGGACGGAGAUCUAUGGAGGUGGACUAUUCCAAAUAGCAAGGCCUUUAGCAGUGGCCUUAAAGAUCUGGACAUUGAAUUCAAUGUCAAUGAAAAUGGAAAGUUGUUUGAUCAGCUGCUGGAGUUGGAUCCUGAACAAGUGAUUUCUAGGGGACAAGUAACAUUAUCGCAGAAGCAAACAUUGAUUGCCGAUUGUUUAGAGAAGUCCUAUGAAAUUGCACUAGGAUGUGGGCAGUUUGGCAAUUGUCUGGCUGUCAAUGCCGAUGCUAUUGCGAAGUUGAGAAGUGAACUCGGAAACCAGCUAGCUGACAAGAGUCGGAAUUUGAAUCUGAGAGCUAUUGGCGCGGUGGUAUAUAAAGUUCCUGAGUUGAAUAAUGACCAGAUGCUAAAAAUUAGUCUCAGAAGUUUGGGUCAAGAAGACACAACUUCUAUCUCUCAGGAAUACGGUGGUGGGGGGCAUCGAAACGCAAGCUCGUUCCUGUUGAGUGUUGCAGAAUUUGAGAGGUGGAAGGUUGGAGCUGAACCUUCCAACCCUGAAACUGCCUAGCUCAUCCAGCUUUCUCUAUUACUCCAAUCAAGCAAGUGUUGAGGUUCAGAAAGAAGAACAUACAAGGAUGUGAGUAAGUAGGUUUUGUGUGUUGGGGCGUAGCGCAUCAUCGUGCAAAAGAGCGCGUAGGAGGCAUUGCCUGCAGGUGACACUUUAUUCAGCAUUGUGCUGUCAUGCCAUGCCUCGUUGCUUGGAGGUCAUUAGGUGGCUGGGGGGCAGGGCCUGCUUUACAAAGUUCACUGAAACUGCUGGGCAUCCAUGGCAUAAUUGUCGUACUUCUAUAAGCUAACCUAGACCAUGGACCCCUAGAACCAACAAGCUUGUACACUUUCUUAAGCAAUUGUAUUAUUACUGUAA